AUGGAUCCCGAGCUUCGCGUGAAGCUGGAAGAAAUGGACAAGGUGGAUGAUGUGAAAAUGGGCAGGCUGUUGCCCGACCUUGUGUGCAUCACGUCCUUCACCGAUGUUCUGCACAUAUGCUUGCUGAACGAGGCCGACUCGCAGCAGUCAGCUGCGGCCAACUCGCAGGAGUCAGCUGCUGGUGACGAGGCCAUGGAUGAGGACGAGGAGCGGGAGCUCAUUGCUCUCCUGGAAAGGGAGAUUGGCAAUCUGCAGAACGAGGAGGCGGAUCGAUUGUGCACGGUCGAGGCAGAUGUCGAGACGCCCGAGCAGAAAGCGGAGCGGGAGGUCGCAGAGCUUCUGGCAGAGAUGGCAUCCGACUCUGAUGAUGACAAACCGUUGGAUCUGCUUAAAGAAGAAACGAAACGUGCCGAAGAACUACGAUUGCUGGAAGAGCUUCAAUUUGAGAAGGCCGAGAAGUUGACCGAAGCCAGGGUGCGGAGAGAGGAGGAGCAAAGGGAGCGAGCCGAACGAGUAGAACGGUUGAAGAUGGAAGAACGGUUGAGGCUGGAACAGCUUCGCCAGGCGGAGGAAAGACAGCGAGCCGAAGAAGAAGAAGAACAAGAACGUUUGAGGCAGGAACAGCUUCGCGAGGCGGAGGAAAGACAGCGGGCCGAAGAAGAAGAACGAUUGAGGCGGGAACAGCUUCUCCAGGCGGAGGAACGACAGCGGGCCCAAGAAGAAGAAGAACGAUUGAGGCAGGAACAGCUUCGCGAGGCGGAGGAAAGACAGCGGGCCGAAGAAGAAGAACGAUUGAGGCGGGAACAGCUUCUCCAGGCGGAGGAACGACAGCGGGCCCAAGAAGAAGAAGAACGAUUGAGGCAGGAACAGCUUCGCGAGGCGGAGGAAAGACAGCGGGCCGAAGAAGAAGAACGAUUGAGGCGGGAACAGCUUCUCCAGGCGGAGGAACGACAGCGGGCCCAAGAAGAAGAAGAACGAUUGAGGCAGGAACAGCUUCGCCGGGCGGCGGAGGAUGAGAAAGUGCAGAAAAUGAUGCAGCAGAAACUGCAGAAGGAGGAGGACGAUAAGCAGAGCUUGCGGCUGAGACAGCAGCAAGUGGAUGAGGAGGCACGGCGAGCCGCAGAAGCAGAACGAUUGAGACAGGAACAGCUUCGUGUCGAUUCUGUGGAGGCUGCGAGAGCCGCGAAGAUUGCCCGCAAGAACGAGAAGCAGCAGAAGCUCCAACAGUUGAGGCAAGAGCUAGAGCAGCUUCGAAAUAAAAGGAAAACCGCAGAGCUGAACGACGCCGCGGAGCUGAACGACACCGAGCUGCAAAGGCUCGGAUGGAUGCAUGAGCUGCCCCCGAGUGAGGCUACCGAUGUUGCGGAUGCGACAGUUUUGCAGCCGAAAACGCCGGCACUUGCUCCACGGGCCGCGGCAGACCCGACAGCUUUGCAGUCCGCGACAGGGAAACCGAAUCCGCCAGCGGUGGCACAGGCGCCUGCUCCGCCGACUCCACCGACAUCUAUUCUGCGGGCAUCAGCGCCCAAACCUGAUCCACUGCCACAGCCAACAAGUCCUGCAGCACCUGCUUCCACGGCAGACCCGAAAGCUCCGACCGCUUCGAGGAUGGCCACCCAGCAAGGCGAUGAGUCGAAGGAGGGGACGCUGUCUAUGUCCCGCCGAGCAGCAGCAAACUUGCUGUUCAGGGUUUGCGCUGGCCCAAGACUGAAGGAGCUGCCAGAGUGGCUACAGCCGCACCUCACUGGUGAUGGAGGCACCUCGAAAACCAAGAUGAUCACGAUGCUGGUUGAGGCCGGCGGAAGCUUCGACAAGGUGGGGGCAAAGCUCAAGAUGGAGAUGGCUGAGACCAAGAUCACAGAGAGCAUGGCCCGCUCCUCGUUGGAGCCUUGGACGGAGUUGGAGGUGAGGGAGAAGUAUGGAAAUCGUGCUGAUGCUUUGAUGGCGGAGAAGCGGGCAAAAGGCCUUGUCGUUGUUGAUAGCAACGUCACCGACGGCGAGCUUUUUCUGAUGGCGAAGCAGAAGCAUAUUUUUUCAAGUGGCAGCAGAGAAGAGAGGGCACUUCGUGGUAGCAUGGACGCCAAUGCCGCUUCCCCUGGUGAUCUUCAGACCUUCAUGUCAGGAUACUCCCUCGCCAAGCCGGACUUGUUGGAGGCUGCAGCCGUGAAGGAUUCCGCGACGGUUCCUGAGACCAAGCAACCCAAGCUGAAUUUCGCAGCCGCUGCUAAAGUGAUUAAUCCGACCGAUCCACCGCUUGCUCAGCCUGGUGCCCCACCGCAUCAGCUGCCUGCUGCCCCACCGCAGCAGCUGCCUGCUGCCGCGCCGCAGCAGCUGCCAGGUGCCGCACCGCAGCAGCUGCCUGCUGCCGCUCCGCAGCCUGCUGCCCCUUCGCCAACUCCGAGUACAAGUGAUGCCGGAACUCCGUCGCCCGCCAAGCCCGGUGGUGGAAAGUCCGAGGCGAAGGUCCAGAGGCAGAACUCCGGCCGUGGCUUGAACAAGAAGACCGAGAUUAGCACGCCCCAGCUCAGUUUUGAUUGCUUUGUGACUGCAUGCACCGGUGUUCGUUUUUGA